CAUAUGACUGGAACUGUUAUCCCUACCUCAUUUCCCCACCCACCUUUUCUUGGAGGUCCAGAUUCUCUGGGCUUGGGGCAUGUUUUUUCUUUUCAGUUCCUCUCUUUGGUUACUUCAGUGGCUACUUCCUUUCCUGUGGAUGGAAAGGAAAAUAAAGAUCCAUCUUCCCCAUAAACUGGAAGGUUACUCCUUGGCAAGUGGAUUCCCUUAGCCCUAUAUGGCUGUUCUCUAGAUGAAGCCAGAAGCUGCAGAGAGCUGAAAUGCUUAUAACCUGAACUUCUCAUCUUUAAUUCGGAGAGACACCAACCAGAGGCAGGAGCCCUCAGCCAACCUGAGGUCCAUUUUGGAUGAAGGGAGAAGCCGUGUGGUGAUAAAAGAUCACUGGAUGUGGAGCCAGAGGGCUGGAAGUAAAGGUCAAAUCCUGCAUAUAUAACUUUGGACAAGGCACCAUAAUGUAUCCUUGGAAUCAUCAGGAACCAGGCAUACCAGAUGCCAGAAACAAAGAACCCUUGAAAACAUGGCAGCUAUGACCCAAGAAAAGUGAUCUCAUCUGUUUCCUGUGGUUUCCUACUUAGGACAUGUCCAUCUCAGGGCAUAGAGAUGGCCGAAGAAUCCAGUGGCCUCGGGAUGUCCCACAGCCUGGAAAAGAAGAAGAGAGACAUCCUGCUCUCCACGAAGAGGACUUGGCUUCCCCUCGAUGAGCAGCAGCCCCCAGCCCCUAGGGAGGAAGGCUGGCAUUCUCCCAUCCCAGAAAUAGAGAAUUCUAGGCAAGAAAGUAUUCAACAGUGGUUGGACUCUGGCUUCUUUAUCACUGCACAAGGAAACUUGCAGCCAGCCAUUGACCAAACAGAUUCUUUGAAUAAACAGGGUGUGGAUCCCGAGACAGUGCAGGACUACAUGAGAUCCUUACAACAGUUUUCAGAAACUCCUGCAUUAUCCAGAGGGACCAGUUUCAACUCCUGCCCUUCUGUACCAAGUAUACCCAAAAGCAUUCCAGAAUGGCUGGAAUUCUGGCAAAAAGACCCAGUGGAGAUUCUCCUGGAUCUGGGGUUCGGGGCUGAGGAGCCAGAUAUCUGCACUAAAAUCCCAGCCCGGUUCCUCAGGGGAAGCUCUGCAGCAAAAGGCAUCAACAUCCGGGAGUUCCUGGAAGCUCACAAACAACGGAUGGAUCUUGAGACGCCCAACUUGUAUGGACGAUUCCGACAGCUGGAAGUGCUAGACCACGUGACUAAUGCCUUUUCCUCUCUGCUGAAUAAUGUCAACAGCCUGCAGAGGGAAGGGGAAGGCAAUGCACAGGCAGAGAACCCCAAGCUGGCCCAAGUGAGGGUGAACCAAGACAGACGGAAAAGGCUUGGCCAACUCUUGAGGAGAGCCUCCAAACAGACAGUCAGGAGGGACUGUGUGCAGGGACGAGCAGAGACACUCAGGGUGAAGGAGGACCUUCUUCCCACCCCCGGGGAGCCAGACAAGUGUCCCUCUCUUCAGUCUAGCAGGAUGAACGUUGCUGACCACAGCCACCUCAGUCCUUUGACAGAAGAGCAACCUCCUGUGGCCAGCAAUAAGCUGGCAUCACAUGAAGCUUCACCAUCUGCUCCAGGCAAGUCAGGGCCUCCUCUCUCGUCCAUGGCCUUCAAGAAGCCAGCCCUUCCUUGCACCCCAGAAGGGUCAGCCAGAGACAGAGGCUUCCAGGAGAAAGGGCCGCUUCUGUCCCACAGACUCAGGCAGGUGGUGCACAUGGAUGGGAAGUCACCUGACUCAUUUGAAAUGGAAGAGGUACAGAGCUUCGAGGAGGAACCUGGAAAUCCAUUGGAGGGGACCUUAGGCACAGUUGGUGCUGGGGUGACAAGAGCCAGCAGCUGCCAGUCAGACAGCAGUGGGUUCCUGGAGGAACCCUCCGAGCCCUUUCCUCUGCAGAUUUCUCCCCUGUUGACCAAUCAGAAUCUCAGCUGUGGAAGGCAAGAAGCUGAGACUCCCUCCCUGGGAUCACUCCAUCACCAUCCACAAGAACCAACUGAAGAUACCUCCCAAUGCAUUGUAAAUUUGCCCAUUCUGAACCAAGGCCAGAGCAACCUGAAAGAAGAGAUAUUUGCCUGUGUGGAAAAGGAUUAUUCUCUAUCAGCAAAACAGUCAACCCAGAAGGGAUUCCCUAAGGAGACUUCUACCAGGGAAGACCUGGAAAGGAAAGAGAAUCCCAUGUGGAAUUUCUCUCCAAGUCCCCACACUAACUAUCAGGUGGAUGGAGGCACCAUCACUUCCAAAUAUGACUACCCUGUGGGCUUUACUGUAGCCCAUAUAGUAGAAGUCAAAACAGACUGCCUGGAGGCAGAGGAGCCUCUAGUGUUUGUGGCACAGUCUCCAAGCAUCAUGGGAAGUGGGUGUGAUAAAGAUGUAUCAAUUCAUGUUGAUCACUGUCAAUCUGGUUCUGAAGUCCUAAGAGAUGAAAAAGCUGGCCAACAGGACCCUAACAUUAGCCAGUUGCGAUCCUUAUCAGAAAGUGGGAUGCUGACAACACCAAGGGAGGGGUUUCCCACACAGACUGAACUCACUCACCCAUUAGGUGUUCUUGAUGAAGUUUCUAAAACCUAUAUAUCCAACUCAGAUGAUAUAGCUGGAUACAUGCAUCUGAGUACCCCAGGACUCAGUGCUUCAGGUAAAGCAUCUUCCAAGUCAGGUGCAAAGGUGGGGGAAUUUAUCCUGGACACUGAAACAAAUGCCAAUGGUUUCAGAUCAGUGACAAUUCAGAUGCCAUCCAAGUUGGUCUCUGGAAUCCACAGUACCACCUCAGGAGAAGGUCCUAGAGAGAAUACCUUAGAUCCUCUUCUUAUACCUUCAAAAUUCUACAAGAGUGAGGCUUUCCUCCCAUCAGAACCAGCAAUAGAGAGCAGAGAAAGGCAAACCAAAGAAACUUCAGUUCAAACAGAGAAGAAAGAACUUGGAUUUCAAAGUUUGUGUCCUGCCUUAAGCUGCUGCUCAGUCACACAUAGACGGCAUCAUCUCACCCAAUCUGUUUCCCUAGACAGCGGCUCUCUAGGGAUUCAUCAGCCAACCUCAGACUCAAAGGUUGCUGUCCAUGGUACCCAGUGUAAGCAUGGUAGUUGCUACUGCUAUUGCUGCUGUUGCUGGCACCAUCACCAUCCCUGUGAUUGGCAACACCCUGGCCUUGCUUCCUCCUUGUUCCAACACCACCUCCAAGUUCAGCUCACCAAGACUGUGAAGAUCCUUCAAGAUGCUGUGGUGAGAGAACUCUCUCUAAGCACUGUACAGAAUGUGGAGAUCUGGAGAACAGUAUGUCAGAGUUUCCGGGAGCACUCCGAGGAGAUUGGACGUCACCUCACUAAGCAACAAGCCUAUGUCUUUAGUGAUAUGUCAGAGGAAGGAAGGGAGGAGAUGCGGCAGCUUCACAAUUUACGUCAAGACCUGCAACAACAGGUGGCUGAGCUGGAAUUCCAGCUCAGUGAUCGAGCUCGGCAGAUUCGGGAAGGGAUGCUCCUGCAGUUUGACCAGCUCUUAGAAGAACAAUCCCAACUCUGCUCAGAACUGGGACUCACUGACUGGGGAGAAGGAAGUGAGCCAAAUUUCCAUACUGAUUUAGAUAUUCAUGAGACUGUGUCCCCUAGGGCUCCCAGCCCCACCAUUGAAGGUCAAGGGACUCCACUCCCUGAACAGACCAGGACAUGUGCCCUCUCUUCCCCCACCUCAGAAGGCAGCCCAGAAAUGGCCCUCCCAUCCCCAACAUUAGCAGAGCCAGACCUUACUGCUUCAUCAGCCUCCUGGGACCAGCGUGUGAGUGGUGAAGAAAAACGGGGGUUCAACCAGAGCCGAAUGGACUUAAAAGGCUUUCUGUGCAAAAUGAAGAAGACUUUCAAGAGCUCCUUUGGCAAUGAAGCUGCCGAUGGACAAAACUGAUGGAAAGCCAAAGGAAAAAGAAAGAUGACGUGUUCACUGCUUGGACAAACCUCCCCCUCUACAUGAGUUCUGACGCUUCACUCUAUUUCUAGAGAUGGUGGGAACCUGGUAACAUUGCCAUUGGGGAAUUCUUUCCUCUUCUGCCCCCAGGAUCCACUUGAAAAGAGGUUGUGUUAAAAAUACUGUCAUUUAGUGCACAUAAGUACGGACGAUCAUAUUUUUCCAAGGCCAACUGGCUCUUCGUUUUCAGUCUUUGCAGAUAAAAAUUACUAACAACCAAUAGGAUGGAAUUCUUUAAAAUUGGGUUUCCCAUAAUACAUGCAGGUCUUCUACCUCCUGGUUUCAGCUAAGUCAUUAAGAUUAACAGACAUGUAUCUAGUGACUUAAAGUUUUCAAAGAGCUUAACAACCAUUAUCUCACGUAAGCCUCACUAUAAUCUUGCCAGGCAUGAAGUAUAAGUAUGAUUAGCUCCAUUUCACAGAAAAGCAAACUGAGAGCCAGAGAGGUUAAAGGAUUAGCCACAAUUAAGCAUGAUCAGAGCCUUACUUUGGCAUUCAGACUAUGACUCAUCAUAGUUCUUAUGUAAUUGUCUGACCAUUUUUAAACCAUGUGAUAAGAAACCUUAUAGACCAUCUAGUACAACACCUUCAUUUUAUAAGAGAGAAAGAGAGAGAGAGAGAGAGAGAGAGAGAGAGAGAGAGAGAGAGAGAGAGAGAGAAGGAGAAGGAGAAGGGAGGAUGGAGGGAGCAUGGAAGAGAGGGGAGGGGAUGGGAGAGAAAACAGAAGAGAAGAGGAGAAAAAGAAAGUUGAGGAUAUAGAUGAUUUAAAUGACUUGUUCACAGAUAUUAAGUGGCAGAGGUGAAAUUCAAGGCCAGAGGCCUUCAAGGCCAGAGGCCAGGUCCUCUGAUUCCGAACUCAGUGCACUUUUUACUGCCCUAUUUCCUUGACCUUCAAGCCGUACAUGCUUGAAGUUAGAUCCCCUAACUCCAAGGCCAGUCAUUUAGGCACUACUCAUGCUGCCCAGAGAGAUAAGCCUCUAGCCAAUCCCUGUCUCCAGGGUAAGAGGGAUACCAUAACUAAUUAGAUUUCCAACUUUCCUUUGCUGUAGAAGCUCAGACAAGGAAAGGACUGUGCCUUUAGUAGGUAGGAUGGAAUGUAGUUGAUGAUCCAGCCAAGGAAAUUGAAAAGGAAGGAUUAGAAGGAAUCAGGAGAGAGAAGACUCACAGAAAGCAAGGGAAAAGAGUCUUCAAGGUGAAAGGGUGCUUAACAGUGUUAAAAGCUAUGCAGAGUCCAAAGCUGAAGAAGAGAUUACUUUAGAUUACCUUAGAGAGAGAUAGGAAGUGAAGGCAAAUUGUGAGGGUUAAGAAGUGAAUGGGAGGUGAGAAAGAGAAGGCAGUGACUUUGGAGAAGAUGGAGAACUCCCCCGCCCCCAUACCCUAGGCUUUUGGCUAUUAAAGGGAGUAUAGACAUAGGGCCAUAUCUUGAAAGGUUGAUAAGUUCAAAAAACAGGUUUUAACGGAUGUGGACAGGGAGCUCAGAAUAUGCAUAAUCAGCAAGGACAGAGACAGUGGAUAAAAAGUUAAAACAAAGAAGUUAAAAUAAGGGAUGUAAAGGAGAUGGCCCUAAAUGAAAACUGGAGAAGAGAGGAGAGGAGAGGAGCUGCUAAAGGGGGUGUUGUUGGAAAGAAGAGAAAGGCCACCUCUGUGUUCCAGGGUGGAGGAAAAAAGAAAAGAUAGUGAAGUCACACUUAGGGGUUGAAAAAGAAGCUAGAAAACUUACCCUCCAUUGUCUCAAUAUAAUAGCAAGCAGAGAUGCUUUUCUGAGUGGGAAAGAGAUGGUAUUGGAGAAGGUUUGGGAAUAGCUCCUGAAAAGAGUGAUCACAGCAUUCUAAGUUAAGCACUUAUUUUGGUACUGACCUGGAGGUAGGUAAAUAUCUGUGGAAAGGGGUUGCUAAGUGACAAAGUCAGUUGGAAAGAAAGUCAAAGGAAGAGAGGCUGUUUAAUGUGGUGGAAAAGAGAUGGGGAAGGGAAGGGGAUGAGAAGCAAUGCUUUGGUCAUCAUCUUUGCACAAUGUCUCUCUUUGAUGGUUUCUGGGUGGGGGCCUUAGAGCCCAUCUAUUCCAAACCCAUUCAUUUUACACAUGAAGAAUCUGAGGUCUAGAGAGGUAAACAACUCCCCCAAGGUCACACAGGUAAAUAGGAUCAGAGAGCAUUUGAAUCCAUUCCCUUUGACUGGAGAGCCCAUGUUCUUUCCACAGUAACAUGCUGCCUCCAUUAAAGAUCCCUUUAAAAAAGUUUUAAUAAAAUCUGCAUUUUUCUUCCAAAACUUGGGUGAUGAAAUAUUUUCUUGAUGAUAUUAAAGCACUUGUGUAGGUUGGGCAGCUAUUGGGGGAAGACUUCAAAUAUUUGAAAGGCUGUCAUAUGAACAGGUGACUGCAUGCAUUCUGCUGCAAGAGGAGAGACCAGGAAGAUGACAGGGAGAAGUCUCCAAGAAGCAGCUCUGUGCUCAAUGUCGCUUUAAAUUCUUUGCAUCAUUUGUACAAGAAUGUCUGAUUAUAGAAAUGUACAUUUCCAAAUGGAUCUGAGCUAUUUGAGGAUCAUGGGGAUUCCCUGCCUGUCACCAGUGGCUUCCUUGUUUAGAAACAACAAAAACUUGUUUUGCUUUGUUUCUCCUCAAUAGCAUGGUUUUUGACAACAAGCAACCAUCUAUUCCGGAAUACAUAAGCUGUGUUCACACAGCACCUUGUGAAUUAGAGGUGGAUUCCUUUAAGCAAAUGACUGUGCACCUUGGCAACCUAAUAGAGAUCUUUUCUUUUUCUUGUUUGUAUUAUACAAGAGGUCGCUUGGUGUAGUGAAGAGAGAGCAGGUAAGGGAGACCUGCCUCUUAUAUAUACAGGAAUAAGACCCUGGACAAGUCAUUUAACCUCUUAAUGUUCAAGGGCAACUCUCUAAGACUAAGUUGCAGAGAACAUGCUGACUGGCAUCAGUAAAAGGCAUUUCUUCAUAUGGAAGUUCCCCAUACCAAUUCCUUCAAUUCAUAUGAGAAUUCAAGGUUGUGCUCACAUCAUCUCUUGGGAUCCUAUUGAAAUUUUUUAAACUUUUUUUUGGUGAGGCAAUUGGGGUUAAGUGACUUGCCCAGGGUCACACAGCCAACAAGUGUUAAGUGUCUGAGGCCGGACUUGAACUCAGGUACUCCUGACUCCAGGGCCGGUGUUCUAUCCACUGUGCCAUCUAGCUGCCCCGAGCCUAUUGAAAUUUAAAGUUUGAACAUCUAUGCCUAAGAAAUCAGUAAAUUACUAACCAAGAUUUUAUUUAUUGUUCUGUCGAUUAUCAAUAUUAAAGAAAACAACGAAGAAACAUUAAUAAUGCAGGCUACCCUUAAAAGUGCAUCAUGCAUACUUUAUUCCCCGCCCAGAGAUCUGGUUGUUAAAAUAUUGAACAGCAUGCUCUUGUAUAGUGUGGUCUCAGUGCUAGUCCAACUUCAUUUUAUUGAUGCAGAAAUUGAAGCCCAGAACAUCUGUGUUACUUGUCUAUGGUGGAAGAUGAAAGAAAACAUUGGAUUCCAAUUGAAGAGCAUUAUAAGAAAUAAACAAGAUCAUCAAAUUGUACUUAAAGGUAUGAAUCAAAAUAAGAGCAUAUUCAUUUUAAAUAUAAUUAUAGGCAAGGGCAUGAUCCAGUGAGUAGGGUGCUGUUAGGCUUGGAGUAGGGAAGAGCUGAAUUCCAAUUCCCCCCUCAUGCACUUAACUUUACUCAGCCUUAGUAUCCUUACUAGUAAAAUAAAUAUAAGAAUAUAAGAAUAGCAUCCACUUUCCUGGGUUGUGGUGAGAAUGAAAGGUGAUAACAAAAGUAAAACACUUUGCAAAUCUAAAGGUGUUAUAAAAUUGCUAAUGUUAUUCACAGUGGCAGUACGGCUUGCUGCUGCUGGUGGUGGUUAUAGUAGAUGUAGAAGUAACUAGUGGAUAAAAUACUGGACUUGAAGUCCAGAAUAUCUGAGUUCCAAUUCAACCUCAUACACUUUACUACGUGUGUAACUCUGGGUAAGUCGCUUAAGCUCUCUCUGAGCCUCAGUUUCCUCAUCUGUAAAAUUAGAAUAAUAAUAAUAAUAAUACCUACCUCACUAGAUUGUUGUGAGGAUCAAAUGAAAUAAUAUAUAUGUAAAUUGCUUUAUAAACAUUAAAGUGCUAUGCAAAUAUUGUUAUUAUUAUUAUUAGGAAUAAUAAUGUUCAGGUAUGGGCAUGGUCUUGGUUAUUAUUUUCCUGAUUUUCAUAUUGUUAAGAACGUAAACCACCUGGCAACUCUCCAUGGUAGAAGCGAGCAAGUGAGCAAUUCCAUUUGUACCAUCUCCCAAACAGCACUCUCUUCCCUAGAUUCAUGUCAUUCUACCCAGCUUAUUUAUCAAAAUUCAAGGGCAAAGUCUUCAACCCAAGUGGCCUCCUGGGAGGAAGGUUACUUAGAGAGUCAGGGCACAUGCCAUCAGUGGCCUUUGUUCUGCCUGAGUGAAGACCCAGCUUGCAGAACUGAGACAAAAAGCCAACUUGAACAGUAUCUGUGGGCUAUUACGAGUGUGUGUAAAGAUGAUUGGAAGCUGGUCAUUCGGACAGUGGGCCCUCCUGUAUGGCUAUCUCGGUAGACUUGUAUUUUCUUUUAAUCUUCAUGAAAAAAAGUAACCGUGUCAAAGAUAUAAGCAAAAAUGCAAAGACAAGGUUCUAAUAAAAGCAUUUGUCUGCUCCAUGAUCAGUGAUCUUCCCUUUGUUAAGAAAGGUACAGGAAUAGGGCCUGGCCUGAGAUUUCACUGAUACCAGGCACUCCUACAGGAGGAAUCCCCCUCUCUCAGUGCAAGUCCUCACUUCUGGAGUAUUCCGUCUUAGAGCCGGAAUCACUUAGAGGCUUUGUGAGCUGCCCAGGGCCAUUUGUCAGAGACAGGAUAGGAAGGCUGGUCUUCCCAGCUCCUCCCAUCUCUGGUUAAGAAAAGCUUUGGGUCUGUAGGAACAGGCAAAAAUCUGAUUCUCCCUCAAAGCAAUUCCAGUCCCUCUCCCACGAAGUGUCCCAGAUGCUUCCAGCUGUGAGUGUAGUGGCACUCCCCUCACCAGUAGAAUGUAAGCUCCACAAGGGCAGGUCCUGUUUCCUCUUUAUCUGUGUGUUGUAUGUACCUGGCCCAUCGUAAGUGCUUAAUAAAUGUCUGUCAGAUGUAACCGACUUGAACAUAAUAGAGCUCUUUUUGAAAAUGGAUUGAAGAUGGCAUGACGUAGAUAUGUGGCAUGGUGGUGAGCCUUUCCAUGGAAAACUGAAUGGGAAAGAAGACAACUUAAAUGGAUCUACAAACAUUUGGGUUUUUUGUUUGUUUGCUUCUUUUUAUUUUGUGUGCAAUGAGGUAACCCUCAUUGCCCAGGGUCACACAGCUAGUACAUGUCAAGUGUAAGACAUUUAAUUAUGCUAAGAAUUUUUGCUAUUAGAGAUCAGGACAGGAAGAGUCCUCCACCUCUUGGGAAGGCUGUGGGCUUGAUAUUGCUUAAAGAGAAAAGCUUCCCCUGAAAGCUGUCAGAGAAUUUCUUUUGUCUUUUUUUUUUGUAUCCCUAGCACUUAAAAGAGUGCCAGGCAUAUAGUAGGCACUCAAUAAAUGUUUAUCGAUUGAUCGAUAUUGAUCUUAUUCAGUCAUCAUUAUUAUAGACUUACAGCAGCUAUCAUCAGGUCUGUGGUAAAGCAGACCAUGCAGAGAAAAGAUUAUGGAAUGCAAAGAAAACUGACUUUCUUUUGUCAGUUCCCAUUAGCAAGAGAGCUGGAAUCAAGUUAGAGGACCUGAGUUCAAAUCCCCAAGCUGCCACUUUCUAUGUGACCUCACAAAAAUAACUUCACUUUUCUGGGUCUCAUUGUCUUCACCAAUA